AUGGGACGGAGAAGUAUUGAUUCAGAGGCUGACAGCCUACUAAGUCUAAGUGAUGAUUCCGACUUGGUGAGUGACAAGGGGCAGCACCUUUUGCCACCUGACCCGGACUUGUCUGAGUAUGGUAGAAGUUUGGGCGCCGAUAUGAAGGACCCUGACAUUGCCUGGGUGGUGCAGCAGGCCUUCCACGCGCCUCUGCCGGCCAGCUGGACGGAACAUGUGGACGACGAAAACCGGGUGUAUUAUUACAAUUAUGUGACCGGCGAAAGCACGUGGAAUCAUCCAAUGGACAGUGUGUAUCGGGAGCUGAUAGCCUUGAUCCAGAAGCUUCGGCGGUCAAAGCCCAGCCAGGAGCAUUGCGCCCAAGUGCUUCGCGAGCAUCUCCUGGAGGUGUACAACCGCGCAGCGGGCCAGUUGGGCCGUUGGAGCGGGCCGUACCCGUCGGAGGAGGGGGACAGCUAUUACUUCAACGAAGGUGCACAAAUUAGCAGCUGGAUAAAUCCCAUGGAGGAGUUUGAGUAUGAAAUCGGCAUUCGCCAAGCGGUGCUGUAUCGUUGCAUACUCUCUUCAACUAGCGGGCAGGAGUCUGGCACCAAAGUGGAGGAUGCAUCGCCAAUACCAGCGCUGCGGCUACCCAGCCAAGCUGUUAGUCACGCGCAGGAGGAUGAGGACAGCUCCGCCAGGUCGUUCCACACCGCGCGCGAGUCGUGUCUCUCCGAAUGCUCGGCGCUCUCACCGGCACUGUCACCGACAGGCAGCGAGAGCUCACCAAGUCGAAUACGGAGCAAAGUGCGCCCUGCUAGGGUUCUGACGGACCUCGCGCAGCAAGUGUCAUCCAUGAAGGAGGAUGCUGAGAGAGGUUUGGACGACACACGGACGACUGCAACUACUUCCCCAAAAGGUGACCACACAGCCGACCCGGCUGUAAGCAGUGCUGCUUCGGAAGCUCUGAAGGAGGCCCAAGCAGAGGAAUUGGACAUAACCUUUGGGCACACUUCUGGUAUGUCGCUGCCAUCGCCUUUGCGUGCAACAUCUAGAAAGGCUGGCGAAAGUCGGAAGGAGCAGCAACUAGGAGAUAUACAGGACGAGCUUGAGGCGAUCGAGUCUGGGCCAUCCACAAGUGCAGAGACGCAAGCGCAAGGCAACGAGAUCAAGGCGGAUGACGAUCAUGACGGAGAUCCGGUACAGAACAUAGCGGCAGAUGAAAUGGACGUCACCUUUGGACGCUCAUCCCUUCUUCCAAAAGUACCAGCUCUGUUGCCAGGCGCGGCUGCAGAGGACUUCGCUGAGGCCGAGAAGCCUGCAGAGCAGCCGGUGGAAAAGCUGGAGGAGUUUGCGGGUCCAGCAGCAGAAGUCUUAGCCAUGCAGCCUGCAGGGAAGGCGAAGCCACCAAAGCCCGCAGCGCAGCUGGAGGUGCAAGCGGCAACGCCGUCUGCAGAGCAGUCGCUGCAACCGUUGGAAGAGAAGACACAGGCAGUUAGGCACCUGGCCGAAAAGCGGCCAGCAAAGCAUCUGCCAGCAGGGAAUGAACCAGCAGAGCAACCGAAAGAUCGGCUGGCAGGGCAGCCAGAAGAGCGGCCAGGAGAGCAGCCGGAACAGCGCCCGAUAGAACGGGCAAAAGCGCGCCCGGCAAAAAACCGGUUUGAGCCCAGAGUGCUGCCGGAAGAGCUGAAGGCCGCUGAACAUGUAGCAGAGCAGCCAGAAGAGCUGCCGGCAGAGCGGCCGACAGAGCAGGCAGAGCAGCCAGAAAAGUGGCCAGCCGGGAAGCUGAAUGAUCAGCCGGCACAGCAGCCACCAGAACAGCCGGAAGAUUGGCUGGCAGAGCAACCGCAAGAGCAGCAGAAAGAGCGGCCGACAGAACAGCCAGAAGAGCAGACGGCAGAGCAGCCGAACAACCAGACGACAGAGCAGCCCGAAGAGCGACAGGCAGAAGAGCAACCAGCAGAGCAGCCGGACGACCAGCCGACAGAGCAGCCGGAAGAGCGGCCAGAAGAGCCAGCGCAGCAACUGCCGGACGACCGGCUACCUGAGCAGCCAGAAGAUGAGCGCCCGGCAAAACCGCCGGAAGAGCGACCGGCAGAGCCGGAAGAGCGGCCAGCAGAGCAGCCGGAAGAGCGGCUGACAGAGCAGCCAGAAGAGCCGGCGGAGCAGCUGGAAGAGCUGGCAGACCCGGCAGAGCAGCCGGAAGAGCGGCCGACCGAGCAGCCAGAAGAGCCGCUGGAAGAGCCGGCAGAGCAGCCGGAAGAGCCGGCAGAGCAGCCGCAGUCGGAAGAGCCGGCAGAGCAGCCGGAAGAGCGGCCGACCGAGCAGCCGACCGAGCAGCCAGAAGAGCCGGCGGAGCAGCUGGAAGAGCCGGCAGAGCAGCCGGAAGAGCCGGCAGAGCAGGCGCAGCCGGAAGAGCCGGCAGAGCAGCCGGAAGAGCGGCUGACCGAGCAGCCACAAAAGCCGGCGGAGCAGCUGGAAGAGCGGCUGACCGAGCAGCCACAAAAGCCGGCGGAGCAGCUGGAAGAGCUGGCGGAGCAGUCGGAAGAGCCGGCAGAGCAGCUGGAAGAGCGGCCGACAGAACAGCGAGAAGUGCGGACGGCAGAGCAGCCGGAAGAGCGGCCAACAGAGCAGCCAAAAGAGCAGCCAGAGGAGCGUUCCGCAGAGAACGCGGCUGCUCAGCCUGCAGAGCCGGCAGUAGGGCAGCUUGCUGGUUUGGGCACUUGGAAGGCGCCCUGCGAUUCAGAAGGCGUCUCAGAGCAAGCCUCUUCACUCACAAAUGUGGAAGAUUCGGAGCUCUUCCAAGAGCCCGAGGAGCUCGUGUGA